AUGAACGAUUAUGGUGAUGACGACGACGAUGACGAUGGCAUUCAUGAUAUAUAUAGCAACAUUGUCAGGAAGAUUAACAAAUACUACCACAUACACAACAACACACACGACAACACCCACAACAGCACACACAACAGCACACACAACAACAGCCGAAAUAAUAACAACUCUUCGUUUUUAAAAAACUCGGCAACAACAAAUAUAUUAACUAAACAUCACCAACAACAUCAACAACAACAACUUCAACAUUCUAAACAUAGCCGACAACAGUCAAAUCAACAACAACAACAACAACAAGAUCCUCACAUUCAUCCUCCACAUAAUCAACUUCAAAACUUAUACAACCACAAAACAACUAAAACUAAUAACCUCAUAAACUACGACGACAUCAGCUGCAAUGACGACCACAAAUCAACCACGCCACUUCAUUUUGACGGCGACACCUGGCCACUGAUAAUUCUAACUCCCAAAUCGAAACAACCCCGAGCCACCCAGCCAGGCUGCUCUACUCUAAAAUACGAGAGGAGAACCAAGCCUAUGUUGAAUGAACGACGGAUUUACAAGUGUGACGAACCAAAUUGCUGGAAGGCAUAUACAAAAAGUUCGCAUCUGAAAUCACACAAAAGAGUUCAUACAGGCGACCGACCCUACAAAUGCCCACUGGCCAACUGCACUGAGACUUUCUCGAGAUCAGACGAACUGACGAGACACAAGCGUAAACAUUCCGGCAUCAAGCCCUUCAAGUGCCACCUUUGCACGACAGCAUUCGCCAGGUCGGACCAUCUGACCCUGCACGUCGCCAGGCACGAGAAGAAACUGAUGAAGAUGAAGAAGAAGAAGAUGAUGAUGAUGGUGGAGGAGGAGGAGACAAAGACGAUGACGUCAACGAGUAACGAUGACGAAAUGAUGAGGAUGAAGCGAAAAGAUGAAAAAGAUGAUAAUGUAAGGAGAACCGCAACUGAGCCAUUGACCUUCUGAUGAUGCUUGAGGUGCUGUCGAAACUAUUGAUACAUUCGAGUAACAAUUUCUUCUGUAAUGUGGGUGGGUAAACUCAACGCGACAAAUUAAACACGAUAAGUAAAUAAAUGUACACAUAAUUUUAAAAUGAAUGAUCGUAUGUUAUGUAUGCACGAUAAACAAUCGCCUGAAUAAAACUGAAAUAACAGUCUAAUUCAUUAUCUCCGUUGCAUGUCAACAAUGUAUGCUUUAUUAUGACAUCAUCGGUGUGUAUUCAAGAUCUUUUAUGAUAAUUUUAUUCAUAAAUAUAGACACUCAGUUUCUAUAUCUAUGGUUUUAUGAUUACUAACCACUUACUGCUGAUAUUGCAACUUCUAUUUUGGAAUCACUGCAAAUAACUUCAUUUAUUGUCGACAUUUUGAGAUUUGAUGAAAUACGUUAAAGGCACCAAGUACUUUUUCUAUUGAAAGGAAAAUUGUCACCAACCUAUUUAGUUAUUCAAUCGUUCAUUUCAUUUAAAAACUUACAUACGCACAUAUAGAAACUUUUUGUCUAUUUUAUUCAACAUUUGAAACACAGCGUGACAUUAUUUCCAUUGAAAUUCAUUAUAUUACAAAGUGCAAUUGUUAUCUGACUUAUAAUUUUUUAGAAAUUUAUUUUAGGCAUAACUG